AUGCCCAAUUUGGACAUCUACAAGCGUACCUGCACAAAGGCUCUUCAGGUUUGGAAAGAAGUUGAUGUCACUCAAUCCGAAGUUGACAACGAACCAGAUGAUGAACCUUUGCCCGAAGAAGAAGAGGCCGAAGAAGAGUUAGUUCAAGAAGAACUUGACUGCUGCAAAGUGAUGGCCGAAUUGGAGUGCAUGAAGCGGCGUAUACAAAACCUACAGAUGCGCCUCAAGAUGGACGAUGAGUGCGAAGGAGAGCCUUGCGUCGAUCCAGAGAUCAUACUAAAUUGCUCUGCCAAUUCGGAAAUCUGUACACUGCAAAAGAAUCAUCACAAAUUGCAAUGCCAAAUCAAUGAGCUUAUACGCUGUUGCAAUGUGGCAAAAGAUCAGAUAGAAGACUUACGCGCACACAUGUGUCAAAAGUCGCGGGAGAUUAUAGAGCUGCAAAAAACCGUCUGUUUGCUGGACACCUGGAAGAAUACAUUACAGCAUGAGUUUGGCGUUUGCUACGAACGUUUUCAAUACUUGAAACUGGUGAAAGCCGAAUGGGAGGACGUGGAAAAAAAGAUCGACGAACAGAAGCAUUGCUACAAGCAACUGGAAGAAAGUUUUGUGCCAAAAGUGUGCUUCCUGAGCGAGAAGCGGCAAUUUAUUAAUGAAUGUAUGGAGAUGCGCGAACUGCUGCAGGAGAUGUUUCAUAUGCAAUCGGCGAGGUUCGAUGCAUUGGAACAGCGGAUGGAAAGCAUUGAAGCGACUUUGACGGAGCUGCAGAAGCAAAAGGUCAUUCCAAAGUAUAAUUCACCAAUUGCUUUAACGAAGGAAAUAGGGCGUUGA